AGGUUAUGUUGACAGUAACAUAAGCAUAAAUUAAUUAAAUUUAUAGUAAAUAAGACCUCAAUUAACAAGAAAACACUUUGAAAGUAAAGAUUAACAAUGUAUGCAUCAGAAGAAGAUGAAAAUUAUUGCGCUACUUGCAGCAAUCCAUCGAAAUUAUGCUGUUCUCGAUGUAACAUAGAAUCAUAUUGUUCACAAAAAUGUCAAAUCAAAGAUUUUCCCAAUCAUCGCUACAUCUGCUUCCCGUUGCCUGAUUUAAUACCAAUCGCAAAAGAACAAGCAACAUCAACUAGUUCCACUGACAAUGAAAAAUUGGAUGAACAGAAUGAGAUUCAAUUGGAAGGCGAAGGGACGAAGAAUCAAUUGGAAACAACUGAACCCGAGAAGGAAAAUGAUGUAUUAGAACAACAAAGUGACAUGAUUAAAUAUGACAGCAAUUUUAGACGUGAUGAUACAAUCAUCGGAACUAUAUCCCGUACAAGUUCAGUCUAUGAGGAUGACAUUUCUGAUGAUGGAGUGGCUGAUACUAUUAAGCAAAUACAGCAUUCAUUCGAGUCCAUUGAAAACUUGAAGAAUUUACGAAUUACAGAUAAAUUGGCAGAAAUCGACGAAGUUCCGAAGAUAAAACAGGUAGUUCCUUUAAAGAAGGCAUGCCAUGAAAUAAUAGCAUCUAAAUCUGACAAAUUCUUCACGAUGAAUGAUUUAAAGAUCCACGAAUGGCCGAAAUCAAAGAAUAUUAAAGUCAAAUUACAGACUAUUGUUCAGCACCCGAACGUUAUGGCAUUUGUUGAGGAUAAGAAAGUAAUUGAGCACUUCUAUGAGUUCAUGGAUAGCGAGAUUAAGAAGUAUAGACCAUGUAUAUCUGAAGAUUAUCAUAAAUACUUGCCAAAAACAAACGAAAUCGUAUUGGGUCAUUUCAAUGGAUUUUGGUAUCGAGCUGUUGUCCUAGAUUCAGAUCCGAAGGGAAUCAUUGUUUUGUUCAUCGACUACGGAAAUAUGGAUCUUUUAUUAACGGAUGAGAUUCUUCCAAUAUCCAAUGAAUAUUUUAUCGAUAAACUAUCAUUUGAAGUCUGUUCCCGACAAUUUAUUGUUGACAAUAUUCCGGCUGAACUCGACGAGAAGCAACAAGAAAUAUUAGACUCAAAAUCAAUGAUGAUAACUAAUAUUCGGGUCGAUGACAAAGGCUUGACGCACUGCGAAAUCUUUGGAUUCUGAAUCAUCAUUUAGAUUACUUUAAGCAUUAAUAGUUUUCGUAGAAAUCUCCAUAAAGAAGAUGUGAGAGAGUUCAAGAGAAGAACACGAGAUAACAAAAAAAUUACCAAAUUAUCACCAAACAAUUGA